AUGCCAUUUGUCAAAUCAAUCAAAGGAAGAUCUUACUUCGGUAGAUAUCAGACUAAGUUCAGAAGGAGAAGAGAAGCAAGAACUGACUACUAUGCUAGAAGAAAGAUGAUCAUGCAAGACAAGAACAAGUAUGAUAGCAAGAAGUACAGAUUUGUAGUCAGAAAGACUAACUCAAGAUUUAUCUGCCAAGUUGCUUAUGCCACUCCAAAUGGUGAUAGAAUCAUGGCUGAAGCUAAGUCAACUGAAUUAGUUAGAUUUGGCCUCACUGCUGGAUUGACCAACUAUGCUGCUGCUUACUGUACUGGACUCUUAUGUGCUAGAAGACUUCUCAAGACCUUAAAGCUUGAUGACCUAUAUAAAGGUGUGGAAGAAGUUGAUGGUAACGUCUGGGAUGUCUAUGAGCAAGAUAAAGUAGAUGAGAAGAGAAGACCAUUCAAAGCUGUUUUGGAUGUCGGUAUCACCUCAACUACUACUGGAAACAAAGUCUUUGGAGCUAUGAAGGGAGCUUCUGAUGGAGGAAUUUACAUUAAACACAACAAUAAGAGAUUCCCAGGAUUCAAAAUUAGAUUGCCAGAAGAGAAAGGUGAAAAGAGAACAGAAACCUUUGAAGCUGAUGAACAUAGAGCCAAAAUCUUCGGACUUAACAUUGAAGAGUACAUGGACAAACUUGAAGAAGAAGAUAAGAAGAAAUAUAAGCUCCAGUUCUCUCAAUGGGAUAAAUGUCUUGAAGCAAAUAAAUUAGAUUCUCUUGAAGAACUUUACAAGAAGGUUCAUGAAAAAAUUAGAGCCAAUCCAGACAGAGAGGCUCCAAAGAAGUCUAAUCCUGUAAGAAAGAGCCUUGAUGAAAUUAAGAGUGUUUAUGAGAACUCUCAAGGAAAGAAAUGGAAAAUUGACAGAAAGCUCACUCUCGAGCAAAGGAAGGAAAGAGUCCAGGAAAGAAUUGCUGAUGCUGUCAGAAGGACCCAGGAAGCCUCUUAAUAGUCUUCAUUUUAAUAAUAACAACUCUAUCA